AUGACACUUCAUCUCCACUUAAUGCUGUGGAUCAUGAACUCAUUGUCCCCACAAGAAAUCAGGGACCGCAUCAUGGACCCCACUUCUGACUUUCAGCAAAGGAUGGUAGAAUAUCUUGAAGGUGUUCAUCAAGCAGAGUUCAUUGACACAACAAUGGCUGAUGUGGUAGAGAGCAUGACACAGGCCCAGGAAUCAAAUCAUUACCAAGAUCCAACACUCACCUUGCCAAUUUCGCCACCAACUACUAAACAUGAAUGCACUGGAGAUCAUACUUGUGAUCCAUGCACAAACAUGGCCAAAUGGUGGGACAUGUUUAAGCAGACUGUCAAUGAUAUCAUCUACAAAUCAAACCGUCACCAAUGCUCCACAGGCCCUGGUGGCUUUUGCAAAAGGCGAUUCCCUAGACCAAUAAGGCCAUGCACUGUAAUGGACCCACACAGUGGAGCCUUGCUGAUGAAACAGGGUGAAGCUCGCCUCAAUAGCUUCACACCAGCAUUGACAUUCCUCUUACGCUGCAACAGUGAUGUCACUAGCCUCCUUUCUGGAACUGCUAUAAAGGCAAUCACUGCUUAUGUGACAGAUUACAUUACCAAGACACCAUUGAAGACUCAUGCUAUGUUUUCUGCUGUAAGGACGGUGUUCACCCGG